AUGGAACCGAUGACUUUAGGCAGUCCUACUCAUUCCCCGUCGGGAAGCCCGAACGUGGGAUAUCUACCACCAUUUCUGUUAGGAGAAAUAAAUCCACCAACUACGCCCCGAACGAAUAGUUUAUCUCCAACAAAGGGAAGAAGUCUUGCUUUUGGUUCCCCUACUAGUCCAACGCAAACAUCGACACCGGACCAAAAAAUCUAUCGCCAAAGUCUAUCGAUGCACCAGCAAGCUUUAUAUAACCAACAAAACGUAUUUUCAAACAUACCCACGUCACCAAACGUUUCAUUUUCAACAAAACCUAGUGGACCACCAAUUGAAGAUUUAUUUGACACUAUAAAAAGCAAUGAACCUUCAAUAAACAAGUCAUUGUUCCAAGAAAAUAGCUUUUUGGGCUAUGGAAACAGCAAUUCUCUCUUGCAGAACUCAUAUGCAAACAAUGUGUCUGUAAAUAACCAUUCUUUGACAACACAAUGGCAAGAUGGCUGUCAGGAACAAGAUGAAUAUUGGAUCACAGUGUUUGGUUUUCCUCCCAAUGCCGCUAACACAGUACUUGCAAGAUUUAGCAAUUGUGGAGCUAUACUUGACAAACAGUAUCCAACACAGGGUAACUGGGCACACAUUAAAUAUGCUACUCGGGCCGAAAAAGAACGGUCACUAGCAUUAAAUGGCAGGCAGAUAUUACCGGGAGUCAUGGUUGGAGUUGUGGAGUGCAGAGAUCCACCAAGAUUUAGCUCUCCGAGCCCUGGAAUGCUCCCUGAAAGGCAAACGACACAAGCACGUUCUCUAUGUCCGACGCCACUUCCUCAAGCUCCUGUACCUCAGAGAUCAAGUGGACUUAUUUCUAAAGCCUUAGAUUAUGUGCUGAGUUGGUGA